GCUUGCGCGUAAUAUUCCGCCAUACAGGUUUGAUUGAAUAAGCUCUCUCUCGCUUCCCUGCUUGGCUAUACUCAGUUGACCGUCUCCUUUGCUGUGGUCCACUGUCCACUGUUUCCUUUGACACAGAAGGCACGAAAGACGAGGUUUGGUGUGUGCACUGUGUGCACUGUCUUGGGUGAGAUAGUACAUUGUGUGUGUAUGUGUGUUUGCGUCUGUGUGACCCAGUCUCAGACCUCUCCUUGCAGCUGCCAACAUCAGGUAUGAAGACCCGUUUAAUAUUCCUUUGGCUAUUGGCCUCAGCAUUAGCUGUGUCUGUCAAAGGCAAACCUCACGACAAACAUGAAGCUUUGUCCAAGUCCUCACACAUAGCUAAACAGAAGGACACUGUUCCAGAUGAGGUCAAUGAGGGGGAGGUCCUGCCGACCUUCAUGACCUUUGAGUCUAGCAGUCAGGAGCAGGAGGACGAGGACAUAAGCUACGAGGACAAUGCUAAUGUUAAUGUGGAUCACUCCAAUGAGGGAGGGGUGUUUGAGGUGUCCGACAGUGGUGAGAGGAGCACCCCCGUCCUGCUGAGAGAUAAGGCACUGGUGGACCUCCUCCAGGGGGAGUCAGAGGAAGAAGAGGUGGAGGAGGAGGAGGGAAAUAUCGAGUCUGAGGAGACAAAGUCUGAAGAGGAGGAGGAGGAGGAGGAGGGAGAAGAAGAGGUGGGAGACUUGGAAAAGGAGGAGGAAGAUGAGGAGGUGGUAGAGGUGGAGGAGGAGGUGGAUGUGGAGGCAGAGAAAGAGGCGGAAAAGGUGAAGGCGAUGGCGGAUGAGGAGGAGUCAGUUGAGGAUGAGGAGAAGAGAGAGAAAGAGGACGAGGAGGAACAUGUGGUCGGGGACAGAGGAGUAGAGGAAGAGGUUCAAGUUGAAGAGACGGACAGCAACACCGAGCCUGAGAUUCCAGAGGAUCUGGACUACGCCAGCGACAGCGACAACACAGAGCAUCUUGAAACCGAGCUUGAGGAAGGGAAACCCCUCGCCGAAGACGCCCAGUUCCUUUCAAAUAAGAAAGUGGAGGCCGAGGUGGAUAGGAAAGAAGAACAAGCUAGCAAGGAUGACGAAAUCCCCACUGCCACUGAUGACUAUGAGUCCCAGCCAGACAUACAAGACGCCGAGUUCACUGAGAGCCAGGAAGUGCUUGGCCAGUACAAGUACGAUUCCCAAGAAAAGGGGACCAAUAAAAAAGACGCAGACACAGACACUGAACUCCAAGAGACAAAGAACAGUGUGGAUCUUGAUGGGACACAUCUUUCAGUAGAAGGGGGAGAAGAGAAGGAGGAGAAGAACAUAAACAAGAGUGCCAGUCACACCAGAGGCAAAGCCAGGAAACAGAGGAAGAACCAGAGAGUGAGGAAGCACCCGCUACAGAGGGAUGAGGCCCCACCAGGAGAGGGAGUCCCAGACCACCAGGGGGAUGAGGGCGUGAAGGAGCACUACCGCACCACCGACAGUGCUGUAUACAAGCCCAAGAGGAGAAGAGCAGGGAAAUGGGCUCCUCUGGUGGGAAUGAACCCGGUCCAGAUCAGGGCGACAGUGGACCUCUACCCCAGCAUCAGGCCCUCUUUGGCGGCCAGCCUAUACAGACCCCAAGCAUCCGCUGCCGAGCCUUGUGAGAACUUCCGUUGUAAACAUGGAAAGACCUGUAAACUCAACAAGGAGAAGAAGCCUGUGUGUGUGUGUCAUGAGCCUUCUGCCUGCCCACAGAGUGUCACUGACUAUGAUCAUGUAUGUGGAAGUGACAAUGUCACCUACACACCCUGUGAGUUCUUUGCCACCAAGUGCAACCUGGAAGGCACCAAGAGAGGCCAUAUACUUCACCUGGACUACACUGGAGUCUGCAAAUUCAUAGGACCGUGUAUGACUGGCGAACUGGUCCAGUUUCCUCUGCGUAUGCGCGACUGGCUGAAGAACGUCUUGCUGCAUCUCUAUGAACAUGACUCCAUGUCCCCUGGCUUCCUCACCCCCAAGCAACGCAUCAGAGUGAGAAAGAUCCACGAGAGUGAGAGGCGCCUCCACCCCGGCGACCACCCCAUUGAGUUGCUGGCCCAGGACUUUGAGAAGAACUACAACAUGUACAUCUAUCCCGUGCACUGGCAGUUUGCUCAGAUGGACCAGCACCCUUCUGACAGGUUUCUGUCCCACUCUGAGCUGGCCCCCCUGAGGGUCCCGUUAGUCCCCAUGGAGCAUUGUACCUCCCGCUUCUUCCAGGAGUGUGACGCAGACAAAGACAAACAGGUGUCCUUCAGGGAGUGGACCCACUGCUUCGGCAUCAAGGAUGAGGACAUGGAUGUCAACCUGCUCUUCUGAGUCCAAUCAGUACCUCAUCAAGCAACCAGCUUAAAUAAGCAUUUAACAAAAUAACCUUCAAUCAUGGCAGAACCACAUACCUUAAUUGGAGAGUCACUUGUGUUGAUUUCAAUUGUAUGUUUUUGGGAUGUUCUGUAAAGUUAGCCCGGUGGAACCAGCCUGAUCUCUGUGUUCACCAUUGUAUUUAACUUCACAUAUCAGUCUGGCAUUGCUCCUUAUUGAAACUGUUUGAGCCUAUGUCUGUAAUGAGAGGCAUUAUUCAAAACUAACUUGUCAGUGAUGAGAUCACCUUUAACCAAUCAGAGGACGACCUAAUUCAAAGCAUAGUAUUUUGGGGGCGGGUUUUCUGAGAGGAUGCUGAUUUGACCAGUAAUUUCUUGGUUUGUCCAAAACUCCCAUCUAUUGGAGAAAGCCCAGAUGUAUAUGUGCAGUAAUCCGGCCGGUUCCACCAUGCUACUGCAAAGUACAAUUGACUAAAAAGUAAAAGUGAGGAUGGACCACUGUCCUUCCAUGUCUUAUGUCAGAUGGAAGAGGAGGAUAGUUCAUGUUGUCUUAUUACAGUUGUGGUGGAUAAUUUCUUUCCUAUCAAAUGAGUAGAGACAAAAUUAUCACACAAGUCAGAGUUAUACUUUAACUAAAUCUUUAAUAAUAAGAGCUUUGCAAUAGCAAUGACCUUCAACGACGCCAGGACAGCGGAGUCAAUCACCACCUUCCGGAGACACCUGAAACCCCACCUCUUUAAGGAAUACCUAGGAUAGGAUAAAGUAAUCCCUCU